UCCAGCUCUGCGCCAGGGGACCCGCAGUGCUCCACCCCAGGCACAGGCACGGCUGGGUGUCUGGGGGCUUCUUCCAGCAGGGGACAGCCUGAUUGGGGACAAUGGCUCCGCUCAGCCCCAUCGUGGUUCUCUGUGUGAGCCUCCUCGCCAUGGCCAAAGCCGAAGCCCCACCGGAACACGACCCAUUCACCUAUGACUACCAAUCCCUGCGGAUCGGAGGCCUCACCAUCGCGGGGAUCCUUUUCGUCCUGGGCAUCCUCAUCAUCCUCAGCAGAAGAUGCCGGUGCAAAUUCAACCAGCAGCAAAGGACCGGGGAGCCCGACGAAGAGGAGGGAACUUUCCGCAGCUCCAUCCGCCGUCUGUCUAGCCGCAGGCGGUAGAAACACCUGGCGCGAUGGAACUGCAGGAUUCUCCUGGCACCUGACACCUUUUGCCCACCUCCUGCGCGCCCACCCUUGCCGCCCGUCCACAGACUACCCCCUGGCACCCAGGCCUCCAAUAAAAC